GCAGGGAAAAAAACCCGAGUGACCAUAAGCGCGGAGGGUUAGUCCGUCAUCUGCCUUCAUGCCUGCCAACUGAGCUCCGUCCGGGGGGCCGCUCCUCUUCCCCAGAGCCGACGUGGAUUUACUACCCGUGGGGGGGGGGCUGAGGUCUCGUUUAUUUUCGGUACCACACACCUGGUUUGGACGCUGGACGCCAUGUUGUGGAAACUAGCAGAUAAUGUCAAGUAUGAAGAGGACUGCGAGGAUCGGCACGAUGGAACCAGCAACGGGAACCCACGGCUCCCGCACCUCUCGGCGGUCAGCCAGCACCUGUACAGUCCGGCUCCUCCGCUCUCUCACUCGGGCGCCUCCGACUUCCAGCCCCCCUACUUUCCCCCGCCGUACCAGCCGCUGCCUUACUCUCAGUCCAGCGACCCCUACUCCCACCUUGGAGACCCAUUUUCCAUCAACCCGCUGCACCAGCCUCCGCCGCCACCCCCCAGCCAACAGCAGAGCGCUUGGCCCAACCGGCAGAGCCAGGACCCGGCCGGUCUCGCUCCCCACGGCCGCCCAGGUCUCGUACCCCACCUCUCCGCACUGGAAAGCGGCUCGGCCGCCGGCCGCAGGGAAACCUACCGACGCUCCGAGCUCCUUCUGCCCCACGGGCAUGGGCUGGACGCCUCCGCGCUGGCCGAUAACCUGGGCCUGCACGACAUGGCUCACCAGAUGGAGGAGGUGCAGAAUGUGGAAGAUCAACACUUAUUAAUGCAUGACCAGACAGUCAUUAGAAAAGGUCCCAUUUCUUUAACGAAGAACAAUGCUCUGAGUCUCCCCUGCCAAAAGGAUGGAUUAAUUGGUGUGGUCAUAAACCCCAAUGAAGUAUUCUGCUCGGUUCCGGGGAGACUAUCCCUCCUGAGCUCCACGUCGAAGUACAAAGUGACAGUGGCAGAGGUGCAGAGGCGGCUUUCGCCUCCUGAGUGUCUCAAUGCCUCUCUGCUGGGAGGAGUGCUUAGAAGAGCCAAAUCUAAAAACGGUGGCAGAUCAUUAAGGGAAAAACUGGAUAAAAUUGGCUUGAAUCUUCCUGCUGGUAGAAGGAAAGCUGCAAAUGUGACAUUAUUGACAUCUUUGGUAGAAGGUGAAGCUGUGCAUCUUGCCCGUGACUUCGGUUAUGUGUGUGAGACAGAGUUUCCUUCCAAAGCAGUGGCUGAAUAUUUAACCAGACCACACAUGGGCCGCAACGAAAUGGCGAACAGGAAGAAUAUGCUUCUUGCUGCAAAGCAGAUUUGUAAGGAAUUCACAGACCUCCUCACUCAGGAUAGAACUCCUCUUGGAAACACGAGACCCAGUCCCAUCUUGGACCCUGGCAUCCAGGGCUGUUUGACUCAUUUUAGCCUGAUCACACAUGGCUUUGGGAGUGCUGCCAUCUGUGCUGCCAUGACAUCCGUCCAGAACUACCUAAAUGAAGCAUUAAAAAUAGCAGACAAAACAUACAUGAACGCUGGCGACCAGAGCCCUGCAGAAACCAACAAAACCAUUGAUAAAAUGGAUAAGCACAGGAAGUGAAAAGAGAGAAAUCAGACUUCAGACUCUUUCUUCUAAGCACAGACUGGGAUCUUCUUGCUGGGGGGAAAAUAGAGAUUUGGUGGUUUUUGUUUUGUUGUUGUUGGGGUUUUUUUUUCUUUUUUUUUUAAAGAAAAGAGGGUAAAAAAAGGAGAACAAUCAUCUGAUUCCGGAUCUUCGCUCCCCCUGGAUCCAUGAGAGAAGUCUUUCUAAAAGCUGCAGUAUCCCUUAUUUGUGGAAGCAAUUGCCAGAAGAUAAGUACUUGGUGCAAGUGUGUUGAAAUCCUUUGCUGUAAAAGUGGUGCUAUAAAGGGAUUUUGAUGGAAAUAGGCAAAGAGAUAUAUCUAGAUUUCUUUUCCAUCUAGCAGCAACCAGCUUCACCUGUAGUUUUUAAGAUACAGAUGUUUUUAAUAUAGAAGCCUAUCUGUUAUCUGAUCCAAUUUCAGGGUUUUAUUCUCCCAAAAUGCAACAGUAACAAUAAAGCAGUAUUAAACAACGAUAUAGCAUAAUGUACAUUAUUUUUUUAAUAUAUAAACACCUGAAAAUAGUAAGAUUAUUCUGUUGGAUUUUAUUUUUGUUUUCAUCUUUAUUUCCAGAUUAGCCUAGGAGAGCACUAAAAUCCUGCUAGAUGUAAAAGUUAUCUGAUGGCAUUUGGCAUGCUUAUUUUUAUGGAAGUAUUCAGGCUGUUUCAAACUGCAGUAAUGUUGGCUGCAGUGAAUAUAUUCCCUCUUACUUUUUUUUAACAAGGAAUAGUUCAAAAUGAAAAGGCUUUCAGAAAAUUCCUGUCUGUGUUAAGGACAUUGCAGCUUUAUUAAUGUAUUUAUAAUGUCUUGUUUUUAAAUUGGGGGGAAACUUGAAAAGGUAGGCACAUAACUUUUGGGGUUUUUUUUUAAUCUUUCCAGGGAUGCUUUAUGUGUAUUAAGGGAAGCAGUGUGUUGAAUGAAAAUAUUUAUUUAUGUGUAAUUUAAUCGGAUUUGUAAAUAAUGGUGAACUUUUUAAUACUUUUUUUUUUUUAUAAAUGGGUUUCAAAUGUUAAUUUUGGUAAGUAUUUCAGAGGUAAUGGGUAAGCUAAACAUAUCUUUUAGGUUUAUGCACAGGUAUGUUAUACACAGGGUAUUUAAGACUUGGUUUUUUAAAACUCAAUUCUUGCCACUGAAGAUUAAAUCUAAUCUGAGGUGUAUGUUCACAAAGCAAUAAUUUUGUGCAUCAUUCACCUGAUAACUGACUAGACAUGCAAAAUGAGUGUGUGAGUUAGUGUGCUUGUGAAUAAUGGAGGUUCUGAACUAUCUUUACAUAUUUGUAAAUGUUCCCAAUAUAAUUCUGAUGUAUAUGAUAACCAUAUAAUAAAAGUAUUCUGGAUAGAA